CAAGUUGAUCCAUCAACAAUUGUUUCUGUUUGUUACUGUAAUGGAUUAGAGCAAGUCUUUGAUUUUUCCAAACAAAUGGGUGAGCUUGAGGUUGGUUCUUAAUUCUCCUUUCCUAAUGAUCUCUGGAGUUGGUGAUGUAAAAAGUCCACACAAUUUAAUUUAGAAGAUCCAUCCCUAAUUAGUCGUCAAACAGUUUCCGUUGAAGCAAAGCAUCGUCUUAUAUCAUCCCCACAUCUUAGGGCUAGCUACAGUGCCAGACACUUUGUUUCACUUCUGCGUUGCUCUUCUAUCAAUAACUGAACCAAAAAAAAAUUAGGUCUAUGGAGUUGGUGAAGUAAAAAGUCCUUAUAGCUCUUGAAGAUCCAUCCCAAGUGAGAAUUUUCAAUUUCCAAGUUGAUCCAUCAACAAUUGUUUCUGUUUGUUACUGCAAUGGAUUAGAGCAAGUCUUUGAUUUUCCCAAAGAAAUGGGUGAGCUUGAGGUUCAAUCGGUCACAAAGAUUUCCAGCACAACUUAUCAAUAAUUGUAGAUACUUGAAACUCUUUGUUCAUUUGAAAUAAAGUUGGUUUCUGCUUCAGUUUUCUUUGAACUAAAAAAAAAUCUGCGCGGAUCCUGCGAAUUCAGGUUUAGGUUGGUCCUUAAUUCUCCUUUCCUAAUGAUAUCUGGAGUUGGUGAUAUAAAGGGUCCACACAGUUUAAUUUAGAAGAUCCAUCGCCAAUUAGAUCAUCAAAGAAUGGCUGCUGAAUUUGUUGCCUCUGCUGCUGCCAAUGCUGUAGGAAACCUCACAACAGAAUAUGCAUCACCUUAUGUUAGUUACUUUUUCCGAUUUGGGAAAAUUGUUGAAGAAUUCAAGAAUCGGAGAAAUGAACUUGAAUUGAAAAGUGAUCGGAUAAAAAAUGAAGUCGAAGAGGCUGCAAGGCAAAAUGAGGUAAUUGGGAAGGAUGUCCAAGACUGGCGAAAAAGGGCAGAGAAAGAACUGGAAGAAACCCAGUGUUUGGAAGCUGAAAUAGAACGUAUGAAGUGUUUCAAUUGGUGUCCAAGUUGGGGUUGGCGAUUAUGCUUAAGUAAGAAAGUGGCAAAGAAGACGAUCUCUAUCAAUAAACUUCUUGAGAGUGGUAACUUUCUAACGGGUGGGCUACCUUGCUCCGCUUCAGGGGAUAGAAUUCCUCCCAUCUGAGGAUUUCGUGCCUUCUAAAUCUUCAGAUUCAACUUUGAAUGACAUCAUCAAGGCUCUAAAGACUAAUGGUGUGAACAUGAUUGGAUUGUAUGGAAUGCCAGGGGUGGGCAAAACAACUUUGGCAAAAGAAGUUGGGAAGCAUGCUAAAGAACAAAAGCUCUUUGACUAUGUUGUGAUGGUUACAAUGUCCCGCACUCCAAACACAGCAAUAUUCAAGAUAAAAUUGCUGCCAUAGUAGGUUUAAAAUUUCAACAAAGUACGAAAGAUCUAAGAGCAGAAGAGUUACGGAUAAGAUUGAAAGCCGCGGAGAAGAUCCUCAUAAUUAUUGAUGAUGUUUGGACUUGGAUUGAUUUUAAUUUGCAAGCUAUAGGUAUUCCAUUCGGUAUUGAACACAAGGGUUGCAAAAUUCUUCUAACUGCACGUAGUGGACGAGUCUGUAAUGGAAUGAAGUGUCAAGAGAAAUUUCAUCUCGACAUCUUAUCCAAAUGUGAAGCAUGGGCUUUAUUCAAAGUUAAUGCUAGUCUAAAAGAUGAUUCUUCCACAUUAAAUGGUGUAGCCAAGGAGGUUGCUUCUGAAUGUAAGGGUUUGCCUCUUGCAAUUGUAGCCAUCGCAAAAGCUCUAAAUGGUGCAGAUCUAAAUGAGUGGAAAGUAGCGAAGAGGCGACUCAAGGACUCAAGACAUGAAGAGGUUUCUCAAGACAUCUACAACCGCCUUAAGCUGAGUUAUGAUUGUUUGAAGCCAGAUAAUAUUCGAACAUGUUUCUUGCUGUGUUCCCUUUUUCCAGAAGAUUGGGGUAUCGAGAUUGAGGAGUUGGUUAUGUUUGCAAUUGGUCAUGGAUUAUUUUCUCAUAUUCCCUUAAUUGAAGACUUGCGGAGAGAAAUUCGUGUAGCACUAAGAGGCUUCCAGGAGUCUGGUUUGUUAUUGAGAACUGAUGAUGAUGAUGAUGAAAGAUAUGUAAGGAUGCAUGACUUGGUUCGUGAUUUUGCUCAUUGGAUAACAUCUACAGGGGAAAAUAUAUUCAUGGUAAAAGAGGGGUUGAUGGAAUGGCCUACAAGUGAAAGUUGUGGAUCUCGUACAGCAAUCUCCGUUUGGAACAGCAACAUAAAUUCUUUUCCUGAAAAAUUAGAAUUUCCAGAACUCAAAAUUUUGAUUUUUACAGGAAAGACUUUAGUGAAAGUUCCGAUUGCCUUUGUUGAAGGAAUGAAAGCUCUCCGAGUUUUGCGUCUCGAAAAUGUCAUUUUCUCACUGGAAGUACUUAAUUUGGUAACAAAUCUUCGAACUCUGUGCCUUGUAAAAUGCGAGUUGGAGAACAUCUCAUCGUUGGGAAAUAUGAAAAACCUUGAGAUUCUUGCAUUUUCUGAUACUAAUAUUUAUGAGCUACCUGAAGAAUUAGCGGCAUUGCGUGGCCUAAAAUCGCUACAUUGUUUUGUCUCACGCAAACAGAUCAAUUUUCCCCCUAAUUUACUAUCAAGGUUGACAUCACUCCAAGAACUAUACGUGAUAUGUAGAAACAAUGUUAACUUACCGGAGUUGAAUUCAUUGUCUCGUUUGACUGGGCUGUCACUGAGGUUUUACUGCUCAAUGUUUUCCAGAAAACUUGUGUUCCCUAAAACUACAAAAGCUACAUGUAUAGUUGGAAAUGAAUAUGUUCCAAUAUAUGUGGAGCCGAACUUUAGAACCUGGAAAUUUUUUGACUCAACUUCAUUAAGUGCAUACAAUGAGUUGUUCUGCAAUGUGGAAAGUUGGCUCUGA